AUGAGCGCGUCUUACGGAGCUCUGAUGAUGGACGUGAUGAUGACCAAAGGAGACAUGUACACAUGCACCGCAGCGGAGGGAGUGGUGUUCAAGGAAGAGCCGAUGGGGGAGGAGGGGGAGUACGGGGGGAAGAGCGCAGGUGCGCUCCUGUUUGGACAGAGGGACUCCCCCGGCCCCCCCCAGCCCGGCCCCCCGCAGCCGGAGCCCCAACACUACGUGCACUCGCAACCGCUGGCGUUCACGGCCAGGUUCAGCGUGGAGUCAAAGAGCUCCGUGUGGUCCGCGGAGGAGCUGGUCAGCCUGGUGAGCGCCGACAUCGCGGCUCCUCUGGACACAUCCCCCUCAGGGAGCGCGCAAGAAGAGCACGCCAUGGCGCACGCACAACCGGACAUCAGCCACAUUGGCAACAUGUACCAGGACCAGAGCACGUACAUGGCGUCCACUGCGUGUGGCGUGUCGUACCACGCUCCCCCCCACGCCCCUGCGGUGGAGGGGGCGCUGUUGUCCUUUGUGCCCGAGUACGGGGGCUUCUACCCUCAGAGCUGUCAGCGUGAGGAGCGUAAGGCCCUGCCCUACGCCCUGGAGCCUCUGCGGGUGGCCCCGCCCCUCACUCCACUCAACACCAUCCGCAACUUCACCCUGAGCGCUCCGGGCGUGUCCACAGACGGGCCCCUCCCUCACCUGCCGCUGAGGCCCAUCCUGCGGCCGCGGAAGUACCCCAGCCGGCCCAGUAAGACCCCGGUGCACCAGCGGCCCUACCCCUGCCCCGCGGAGAGCUGCGACCGCCGCUUCUCGCGCUCCGACGAGCUGAGCCGCCACCUGCGCAUCCACACGGGCCACAAGCCGUUCCAGUGCCGCAUCUGCAUGAGGAACUUCAGCCGCAGCGACCACCUGACCACGCACAUCCGCACCCACACCGGCGAGAAGCCCUUCUGCUGCGAGCACUGCGGCCGCAAGUUUGCACGCAGCGACGAGCGCCGGAGACACAUGAAGAUCCACCUGCGGCAGAAGGACAAGAAGGCCCCCAGCUCAUAA